CUCGGAGUGUCUUCGCCAGUGUACCCACUUUACACCAAAGGAUGAGUAUCGAGUCGCACCACGUUGAACAAAGGAUAGUGAGUCUGUAACUGGAUGAGAUGUCUGUGUUGUCAUUGCUCAGUGCUAUUCUUCUGCUCCUCGGCGAGGUACGAGGCGUGUGUGGGCAGCAGGCGUUCAGGACGGAGCCGAAGAACGUGACCGUGAGGGCUGGAGCCACGGCUCUGCUGAAGUGUGAAGUGCUGAGGGCCUCGGGGACCGUGCAGUGGGUGAAGGAUGGCCUGCUUUUGGGGCCACACAGGUCUCUGCCCGGCCACCCACACUACACCAUGACUGGUGAUGAGAAAAGAGGGCAAUACUAUCUCCAAAUAGAAGAUGUGGGCUUGGACGAUGACUCCCCCUACGAAUGCCAGGUGGGACGUUCCGAAACCAGUGAUCCCAUCAUCUCCCGUACUGUGUGGAUCAAUGUGCAAAUUCCUCCAUCGAAUCCCUCUAUUGUUCUGGACUCAGAGGAGCCGUGGGUGGAAGGUCAGGAGUACACAGUGACCUGCAUCGCCCCAGACGCCAAACCGGCUGCUGAUGCCACGCUCUUUAAAGAUGGAGAGGAGCUGACAGACACAUUGUCUUUCACGAUGCCAGGCUCUGAGGACAAACUCCUGAACACUCACACUGAAGUUAAGAUCAGGCCUCACCGUUCGGACAAUGGACAACCCCUACUCUGUAAAGUGAAGAACCCAGCUCUCAGCAAGGCCUUGGAAACGACAAUAUUAAUGACAGUUUACUUUCCACCCCAGGCUCCGGUGAUAGAAGUUGAGAGUGAAGAGGUGAAUGCCGGGACCCAUCUCCGGUUAGUCUGUCUGUCAUAUGGAGGAAACCCUUUGGCUACACUACACUGGACUAAGAAUGAUGAGGUGUUGCCUACUAUCUGGGAGAUGGACACUGUCUCCCAUAAGGCCAGCAGUACCCUGGUGAUGGAGGUGAAGCCAGAAGACAAUAAAGUUGUGCUGCGCUGCGAGAGCGUUAAUCAAGUGUCCCGAUCUCCCAUGGUCAUCACUCGCACCCUCACUGUCCUUUUUGAGCCCUCUAAUGUGGAACUAAGUGGCUCCUCUGAAGCUAUAGAGGGAACAGAGGUGAAUAUGUGCUGCUCCACUUCUUCUAGCAAUCCACCGGUUCAUAUCCGCUGGUGGCUUGGCUUCAAGGAGCUCAACACCACUUCCUUUACUAUCACUGAGGGAGAGAAUGGAGGGAUGAUGACGACAUCCAACCUGACUCAUACUGUAUCCAGGGAGGAAAAUGGACUGCUGCUCACAUGUGAAGCAUUUAAUAAAGGCACACGAUUCUCCAGCAUCCAAACUAAAACCCUCAGUGUGUACUACCCUCCUCAGAAGGUUUGGUUAGAUGCCCCUUCAGAAGGAACUCUCCUACGUUCAGGAAUGACCAUUCAACUGGUGUGUUUUUCCAGUGGAGGAAACCCUACAGGCCGGUUGACCUGGUUCAAGAAUGGUAAAGUUGUGCAGGUGCCAUCGAAGAACAUCGAAUCCGAGCGUGGUGUGUCACGAGAGCUCCUUCUCACUCUCCAACCAAGCGAUAAUUUAGCUAAGUAUCGCUGCGAUGCCACCAACGAGGCCAAGAAAGUACAAUCAGCUGAGAUUAAACUUCAGGUCCAAUAUCCUGCAGUAAGUUUGAAGAUCGUGGUGAAGCAGAAGGUGUUGCGGGCUGGGCAGACCGUCAGAAUGGACUGUCUGGCUGGAAGCAGCAACCCAAAAGUUAACAUCAGCUGGAGUCUGGGCCCCAUCAGUCUGUUAGGAGAGGAGAACGCUGUUAAGAAGUCGGUCUAUGGUGGUGUGUCAGUCAGCAGCACCCUAUCGCUCCCUCUCUCUUCUCAUCUUCAUGGCAGAAGACUCACCUGUCAGGCCUUCAGCGCUGCACUCUCAGAGCGGGUCAACACCUUCCACACGCUCAACGUCCUCUUCCCUCCUGAGUUUGCAGAAGACCAGGCGAGUCUGGUGGAGGCAAUAGAGGAUGACUUUGCCGCCCUUCCUGUUAAAGUCGCCAAUCCAGACGAUAUUUCGUGCGAGUGGAUGUUCCGCGGCGAGAAGGUGCUUAGAGAUCGGGAUUCUCGUUACCAUUUCUCAGAAUCUUGGGGUUUGGAGAUUUGGAAUGUGACCAGGCGUGAUACAGGUGUGUACACAGUGGAGUGUUCCAAUGCUGAAGGAAAAAACAAAAGCAACAUCAAACUGGACGUCCACUAUCCCCCCAGCGUGAAAAUGAAGGCAGAUCCUGUGAACGUGAACAUCGGAGACACUGCAGAUCUGUUCUGCAUCGCUGAUGCCAAUCCUGUGACUGACAACAUGUUUUCGUGGAAGUGGAUGGGUGAAGGUGAAAUUGACGGGCUAGGUGAAAUGACUCAGGAUGAAUCAACUGGACUUUUGACCAUCUACAAGGUGACCCGAGUUCAAGCAGGUCCCUACCAGUGCACUGCAAACAAUGGCAUAGUACCCGAAGCCAGUGUGGUGGGACAGCUUGUUGUAAACUUUGCUCCGGAGCUGCAAAAGGGGGCACAAUGGAGAAAAGUGGCAAGUCGAGGAGAUGGUACUACUGAUGCUGAUGUGCUUUGUCAGGCUGAAGGAGUGCCUCGUGUCCAGUUCAGCUGGGCAAAGAACGGCAUACCACUGGACUAUAACAACCCACGAUAUCUCGAGAAGACAGUAAAAGAAGGAGCCAUACACACCAGCACUCUGACUGUAGUAAAUGUGAGUGCCGCUCUGGACUAUGCUGUGUUUACCUGCACCGCCCGAAACAGCCUUGGAGAAGACACAUUUAACAUCCAACUUCUUAGCACCAAUUACCCAGACCCCCCCUCAGACCUGAAGCUCCUCAGCGUCUCCUCGAACUCCGUCACUCUGGAGUGGAUGCCCGGCUUCGACGGAGGGCUUAUUCAAAAUUUCCGAGUCAGGUACCGGUGGGCAGGGUCUGCCAGUUACCAGUACGUCGAUGUUUUUCCCCCAAGAUCCACCGUGUACACAGUGAGCGGCUUGAAACCUUCGACCAUCUACAACUUUUCAGUUAACGCAAUUAAUUCGAUUGGAGAAAGCAGCUAUGCUGAUCGCGGUGCAGUACUCACAGUCACCACAUUGGAUCCUGAUCCUGUGCCAGGAGAACCUCAUCCCGAAGCCCCAGAGCGUGAAGAAGGCCCCGCUAUACCAGUGUAUGUCAUCGUUAUCCUCGUGGGAGUCUUCCUGGUGUGCAACGCCUUUGGCUUCUUUCUAUUGGUCAGGUGGAAGAAGGGACGGAUUCUGAAAGAGGGAGCAGGCAGCUUUUCAGGGGGCAAGAGGAGCGAUGAGGGGUCAUCGGUGAGCAGCAGAGAGCCGAUCAAUGUCUCAGCACACCGGACCCUUCUCAUCAACACGAGCUCAGAUCCAGACAGCAGCAGCAGUGUCUACGAGAGCUACGGAGGGAGCUAUCACUAUUACUACCCCACUGAGGCCUAUAGUCCUGCACUUUAUACCCAUCUGGAGACACCGGAGAAGCUCGAUAGCAGACACAUUACGAACCCAAUCAGCCAUGAUUACGAGGAAGUCAGGGACUUUGGGCCGUAUCAGGAUCUGUUUGGGUCGAAUGUUCCACAUGCAUCAGCUCAAACUUUUGGAGCUGAUGCAUCAGGCCACAUUCCAGCAUCCAUAUAUGAGCAGGAUAAAUGGUUCACUGCAGCUGAUCUGGACCCAGCAAGUGGAGUUUACAAUUCAAUCGCUUACAGACGCAGAAAGAACUCCGAGCUGCCCUUUGAACUGAGGGGUGAGCUGGUUUAAGAGCUUGCAAAAUGCUCAAAAAUAGGUCUGUACUUCGGGACUCAAAGCAUUUAUCAUUCAUAUAUUUAUAUUUAGUUUGAGCUAUGGAUAUAUAGUUAAAGUUUUAUAGUUUGUUUAAGUAGUAA